AUGGUCAUCGAUGACCAGCAGGAGCGUGACGGCGUCAAGGCGACGGCAACCCCAAACCGCAACGGCAACGGCAAUGGCAACGGCAAUGGCAACGGCAACAACGGCGAAAACAGCAACAUCAACACCAACACCAACAGCAAUAACUCUUGGUUUGCCCAGCCUACGAUCAACAUGGUUCGCGGGCAUGUCAACACUGACGACCAUGAUGGACGACCUCUUCAGAUCCUAUUUAUGAUCGAAAAGGAGAAGGACCAGAAGGUUGUUGUCAGCAGUCUGAACGCCUACGUAGACCUUGCCUCCGAGAAACAAGACAACAUCCGUCCGUCGGAGCAGCUUUGCAGCCAGCCUCCAGAGACCGCCGAACCCGCCCACCGUUCUUAG